CUCAGUAGAUCUGGCACAGUUCUUUCAGAAAGUUAAACCACUUUGAGGCGACCAUGAACUCGAACUUUAAUCCGUAUUUCGAUUGUGUAAACGGAAAUAAAUACUUGUAACUAUGGUCAAACAAUCGGUCGUAUUUGUUUCGCAAUUUAAUCGCUAACGUGUAACUGACAGGCGCAAAGUUCACCAAUGUCUAUUUAAAUGGAGUAUUAACAUGUCGAAUGUUUAUUGUUCAUUUUGGCUUGUGUAAGAAUAAGUUAUUUUUAUUUUUAACGCUGAUAGCCGCCGAGUCACAAGUUUACCGGUAACACACUUGUUUAAGUAAAAUCGAUUAGAAAACAAGAACGGACAAAAUCUGUUCAUUUAUCGCACUGCCGAGUCCACCGUUACUUUAUUUGUGACGAUAUCGACUUUUCCAUUGGAAUAUAAACUUCAAUAUAAUGUGUACUUCAAUACGGAUUAAAUCUACUUGGUAUUUUUCAUGAGGGAACCGUCUAAGGUGUGCUGUUAGGAUAUUUAGUGUUUUAAUUUAAAACUCAGCGACGCGUUGAUAUGUCAAAAUAAUAAAAGCGAUGUAUGUUUUAACCGGCGUCUGAGAUACGAUGGAUAUCUGCGUAAAGUGUACUGUACGGAUAUAUUAGAAUAUAUAAUCAGGGCUAUGCCACCCGGGGUAUACGGAGAUCUGUUCGUGGAAGCGUGUCUGCGUCUGUGUGGAAAAAAAAGCAUGGACUACAAUGAUACUAAAGACAAGGAUCUACAUCUUCCUAAGGGUGCGGCAAUACCUCGCAGUCAGGUGGCUGGCCACAAACAUGAGGGGCGCUCUAAGUUAGGUAUGCUUGAACAUGAGGAUGGGUACAUCUUGAAGGCGUUACAGAAGCCACCUCGCGGGACGAGGGAGCUGCACUUCUAUGAGAAGAUUUACGACCAGACGUGCACAGACAAGCAUGUACUACAACUCAGAGAGCUCAUGCCUGCCUUUUACGGGGCCUUUCAGUUUCAGGAGUACCCUGAAGUGACAUAUUUGAGGCUUGAAAACCUGGUAUCUAGAUUCCGGCGACCCUGUGUAGUAGACAUCAAGAUGGGUAAGAAGACGUAUGACCCAGAGGCAGGGCCGGCCAAGAUUGCGAAGGAGAUGACAAAGUUCCCAAAUGUUGAAAAGUUUGGCUUCCAGUUCACAGGCAUGCAGACUUAUGAUCCUUUUGAGGAAAGGAUGAAGUUUUAUGACAAGUUUUUCUGCCGCAGCCUUGGCGAAGACGAGGUGGUACUGAAAGGUUUAGGGACAUUCUUCAAUUUCAAGCAUGGCUUAAGAAAGGACGCUAUAAGAGUAAUACUGGAUAAGCUUCUAGAAAUUGAACACUGGUUUGUAACCCAAAAAAGGUUCUCCUUUUAUGCAAGUUCUCUGCUGCUAAUAUAUGAAGGUGACAUGCAACAGACUGACUAUUAUGCCCAGUGUGUGUCCAGCAGGGGGUCACAGCACACUGUAUCUUCAGAUCCGGCUGAUAACGUGUCCUCAGAGGCCACAGACAGUACCGACAUCACAAUAUCUGACACCCUUUUGUCUGAUGUGGAUGUGUCCUCAUCUGGCCAGACAGACAACUGUUCUCUCACUGCCUCCAGUAGUAAUGUCUCUGUGAAUACUGCAUCCACUGCGGGCAGUUCCUCUAUAGCCUCGCAGGGUGGCGGCCUGGCAGAGGUGAAAAUGAUCGAUUUCACCCAUGUAUUUGAUGUAAAUGAACGCGAUGACAACUACCUGUACGGACUGCAGAACCUGAUCAUGUACAUGCGGCAGCUGCUGACAAUGGACUCCUAGUGGAGCCACAGUAGAGCAACGCUAGUAAAAUCUCCAGAAUGGUUGUAACCUAAAGAAUAUAAUAAUCAGGGUUCUCAAUAACUUUUGAGCCAACAGGCCAAAAUGGGAAACCAGCAGGCCUUCCAUGGGGGUCCAGAUUUUUUUUUAAUUGAGCACUUGUUUUCCUGCAUUUUGGGCCAUUUUAUGGCUUUUUAAAUGAUCAACAGGCACUUUCAUUUGAGCAUUUUUUUGUGCAUUUUAUGAAUUUUAGCUUUUUUUACUAACAAAAGAUAAAUACGAUUUUUCCCAAAUAAAGUGUAUCAUAAUUCGGAUAAAUACAACUUUCGGAUACGUAAUUGCACUCGAUUUUUAGGGUCAAUUUUUUUUAUUUUGAGGGGUUUUUUUGCACAAGGUUCCAAGUGGGACAUUUUAUUCUGAUAAGGAAAAAACUUCGAUUUUUGAUUGGGAAUGGGGCCAAACUUUGGCCCUAAAGGAAUGGGCGGAAAAGGCCUGAUCGUCCGUCUACCAUGCACAUUUUGCGUGACACUUCUAGUUUGAAAUGUAACUGAAUUAUAACAAACUUUCACAACAACAAAAACUUUGCAUUAACACAAAAAACACAAGCAAUCAGGAACAAAAAUUCGCCAUGUGAUGAAAAGAACGUCAAAAUAUUUGACUGCUUUUUUACCGAUUCCAAUUUGCGCUUUUCAUUGUUGUUGUUGUUGUAAAGCGUUAAGGGAGAUAAUCAAGCAACAUCUUUGCUUAAUAGCAAAAAGGAGCAAAAUUACCAAAAAGACACGCAAAUUUCGAAAAGUCAAUUGCCAGUUUUCCGAAUCUGAGCGAUUUUCAACCGGCCAAAAUCUGAUUUCAAACAGCUGAUUUGGCCGGCGGCCGGCUCUUAUUGAGAACCCUGAAUAAUGUUUAGUUGUUUUAGAGAAAACC